UUCGUUAUCUGAAGAUACAUCAAAUUUGACGAAGUAAAUCAACCUUUCAAAAUUCUUACGAGAAAAAAUAUGAAAUAGAAACGACUACUAGAAGAGAGUAGCACGACGCCUUUCCCCAUGCUUGAGUAUUGACUUUCUCUAUCUUUAUCUGGAUAUCUGAAUCUGACUCUCGUCGUCAUCUGGAGUUAUUGUGAUUCUCUCUAUUUUUCACUUCAAUCAUCGUUGAUUUUAUUCUUAGCUCAACCACUUCUCUCUAUUUUCGACUCUCAUUCUUGAUCUACUUACUUAAUCCACUUAGCAGCUCAACUAUUACCACCACAAACAAGAUGGGCAUUCCUCGUUUCUACCGUUGGCUCGCGGAGCGAUAUCCGCUUCUGAAUGAGACAAUCUUAGAGAGUCAAAUCCCAGAAUUCGAUUGCCUCUACUUGGACAUGAACGGCAUCAUUCAUAACACGAUUCCGACGUCUGCUAUUAUGGCUAAAAGAUUAUCAAACUCAAGAAAGAUUCAACAAAGCUGUCAGGCAUAAAAUUUAGAUCUUACACCUCUUUCCUUCAGAAGCCUUCUUUGGUCGUAUGCGAGGGCAGACUUCUAGUUUUCCUAGAAGGAUAAGCUCAGUAGUAAAAUUCGACAAGGGACGUAUUUCCUUGCGUCUUUCUUACAAUAAAUGCUAGCUUUAGCCGACACUCACACUUCUCUAAAAACAGCGAAGAGGAGAUGUUUCUCCAAGCUUUUGCGUACAUCAGUCGUUUAUUCGGGAUUAUCCGUCCAAAGCGUUUGUUAUACUUAGCAUUGGACGGUGUAGCCCCUAGAGCGAAGAUGAACCAGCAGAGGUCGAGACGGUUUCGCUCAGCCAACGACACAAGGGAAGCUGCAGAAUUGAAAGAGAGAAACGAGAAAUAUUUCUUCAAAGUAGAUACUUCAAAGGCCGUUGACAACUCGACAACUUCUGCAACCACAACUAGUCCCGCUUCUGCAACUGCAGCUGGUUUAAGCACUAGUUCGUCAAGCAUUGCUGCAAAUGCAAUCGGAAGUAGUAGCACUUUUAGAAGUACAACCAAGACCAAGUGGAAGUUUGAUCGGAAUGCGAUUACACCUGGGACGCCAUUUAUGCAGAGAUUGAGUUACCAACUGAAUUUUUUCAUCCUGCAGAAGUUAGAGACGGACCCAAGAUGGCGACAGUGCGAGCAAUUCAUUUUCUCAGGGAGCGAGGUCCCAGGUGAAGGCGAACACAAGAUGAUAGACUUCGUAAGAUGUAGUAAGGCACAGAAGAACUUCCAUCCAGAUACGCGACACUGUUUUUACGGCCUAGACGCGGACUUGAUCAUGCUCGCGAUUGUGUCGCACGAGAUCAAAUUCUCGCUUUUACGAGAGGAAGUGGUAACUAUACUUUAUUCUCCCUAUAAGUAUCUCUAUACUUAUUCAUUAAUAACGCCGUCGUGGUCGGGGCUGACUCAGUUCUUUGAUUUCAUAGGGUUCUCCUUCGAGUGAGUACCGGCGAGAGCCGCCUCGGGGAGCGGCCAGCUUCUCACGCUGGCGGUUCAUCACGGUGACGAACGGAGGAGGGCGGGCCCGGUUUUGGCAGACGCGUCGGCUGUGCCAGGAGUGCGCGCGGCUGUGUCGUUCUACCUGGUGGCCCACGCCCCGCCCGGUGACGACCCGCGCGCGGAGAAGUGACGGCAUUGACAGACGGAUUAGCACCCACGCAGCACAGGCCUCAGGGUGUAGGGUUCUCGGCUCUUUCGCUUCAAAAUACAACCAGGGGAUGCCGCCACGAAUGCAGACCGAGCCCGCGCGUGACUUGUAUCGCCUCGCUGGAGUUCCACAGUCGAAGCCAGGCGUUGGCAGGUAUCAGUCACCACCCGCCCCCGGCGGUCAGGCUAGUGGCUGGCUUUUUGCAAUUGACUCCGUUGCGUGUCGUCGCGAAGUCAGUCCGCGGACAGAAACGGACGCCCAGACAUGCACGAGCUCGGUAGCGGGUGGCCCGUUGGUUUCGGACGGCCGUGCCAUGGCAGGCGAGGCGCCCCAUAUCUGCGCGGGUGCAGGGUAGGCCUCACGGACCGGCGAAACCACAGGAGAGUGGUCGCGCCACGGGCAAACCUAUCAUACGAAGGCACCGCCGCCACCGCCUUGGCGCCGGUGGUGCAGUUUGCCGGCCUUGCAUUUUGGGAGGGGCCGCGCGCUGGUCUGUCGGCGGUCGGCGCUUUCUUUUCAAGUUGAGCCCGCUUCGUUCGUAGGCUGUCGCUAGUCGUCGGCCAUGCAGCUGAGACUGGCGGGGCUUGUGGAUCAGCAACAGACGCUGCAGCCUUUUGGAUUUGGGUGGGUGAGAUAGGUGAGCAAGCGCACCGGGCUGGGCUGGUGAGGCCACCGACACCGCGAGGCGUGAGAUUAUGGGCGAGCGGUUUCGCGCGCUUUUUUCUUGCUCAGUCAGACAGAAUGAAGGGCAUGCAAGGGAACCAGCGCCGGGCGCGAUGGAACCAGAGACGGGCGCGGUGGAAGGGCUUGCGCGUGUCUGGCUGGGGUCUCCUUGCUUUGUCUCGGUCUGUGCUUGUGCAGCCACGUAGCCCAUUUUUCUUAUCGGUGGGCUUCGUUUUCGUUCUUUGCUUGGUUGGCGAGCUAUCUUGCGGCGGGAGAAGACAACGCUGGAGCAGCAGCAACGCCAGGAGGCUGGGAAGGAGACCAAGACGAAGGGGGCAAAUUGUAGUGGUGCGCUCCGCGGGGUGCUUCUUGUGCUUUCUUUCUCCACCCAGCGGAUUCCCUCGAGGACAAAGCAAAAAGAGAAACGCCGCAAAAAGUGCAUCGCGUCAGCCUUGGAGGGGGUCUUAAAAAAACUAAGCGGAAGGGCCUACGCCGGUCUAUCAUGGAAUGGAAUGCAGCGGCAGACGGGACCGGGUUGCCAACUUGACUUCAGCACGGCACAAGGGAAGGCACGGCAAUGCGCAACGAUGUGGCCUGAGACUAGCGCCUUAGCAGCAGGCCGCCACCUGGUCGCAUCAGUGAGCACAGUCGCGCAGAACACGUCUGCUGGCCUCGCCACUGAUGGAACAGCCCAGACCUGGGCGGCAAGUACAGACGUGCGGCGCGGCGUGAGGCCAAGCCAGACGAUGGCCGGGGAGCGAAUCGUAGACGGGGGCACCCUUUGCAUUGUUCCAGGUCACGUCAUGGGGAUUGUCAUGCAGAGCAAUUUCCUCAACUUCCUGGAUGGCACGGCGUGGGCAAGGCCUCCGGUGCGUGCGACUAUGGAAACGCGCGCGGAGGUAAUGGACAUGACGCGCUGGCUGGUCAACGGCGGCUUCGCUCUGGGCUGAUCUUGCUGCGUGAAGCCCCCUCCUGCCUGCGGGCACGGUGCGGGACCUUGCUGACGUGGGUGGUUUGCUGUGUGGUGCUGCUAAGUGAAGCGGCCAGUAUCGCAAGCCCGUCGCAAUCUCGUCGGACUGAAUGUCCCGCAGUACCAACUGGCUGCCGGCUCGCCUACUCUUCGGCGUGGGAGGGGGCGCUUCUUCUUUGCGUGCCUGCCCGCCUGGGCUCCUUUGUUUGAUGGCGUGAGUGUUAUAUAAAUAUCUGGCGCUUGUUUUCGUUUUGUUUUUGUAGGCUUAUUUUUUUUAAUUAUGUUGGAGAGAUGAAGCCGGCGCCGCGUGCUGACUGAGUGACUCAAAAGCUCAGAAAAGUAUAAAAAUCGAAAACCCGCACCCAGGUCUUCACUCGUGCAGUUACAAACACGCAGAACAAUAAGCGACUGAUGAUGCAAGAGGGCCGUUUCCAACUUUUGCAUCUUGCAUUACUACGAGAAUACAUGGAUAUGGAGUUUCGCGUCCAUGACUCACCUUAUUACGAUCUGGAGCGCGUUCUCGAAGACUUCAUUCUCAUUUGCGCCAUGGUAGGCAACGACUUCCUGCCGCACCUUCCGUUUUGCGACAUGAAAAGCCUGAAGGGGAUCUUCACAGCGUAUAAGGAAUACUUGCAGAAAAUGUUAUCGGUGCGAAGCGGCACCACGGGAGAAGAUCCAAAUUAUGCAUUUCUAAACUCAUGCUAGAAGAGGACAUGAUAGAUGAGUUGUUUAUUUCGUAGUAACUAAGUUGUACUAGCAGGACAAGGACUUUUUAUUAAUGACCAGCCCUCCUUGUACUUCUGCUUCUCCUUGUGCCUUGACAACUUAUUCCUCUUCUUGUGGAUCUUUUCUUCAGUUGCACUUCUCUAAAAAUACCCAGACAGGAAUCGUUACCUGGUGUACAACUGUGGCCAGAUCGACUGGGGAAACUUCCUGCUCUUCCUGGAUCUUGUUUUGUUAUGGCCAUGAAUAUGAUUUUUUUUUAACUAUCUAUCAUGCUUUGUUGUUGAGGAGAAUGAGUGGUGCCAGCCAGUUGCUAUAAAAAGGGGUCCCUUGUUCCAACAGAAUCAGACUCACGUAACUCGCACGGAGUAGCCUGCUUGUUACAUUCUUGUCAAAAACCGACUGGCUCUCAACUGCCCAGCCAUACGUACGUAGCACAAGCAAGUCAACAAUCUCUAACGGCAGCUCGUGAAAUCUUGUCUAUGGCCAACAUCGUCAAGAAAGGAGAUUCCUACAUCCUAGGAAUGAAGCGGAUGGCAGGACCUGAUGCACAGAGGCUAGAAGCGCUGCUGCCAAGACCGGAUAAAAAGCCCUGUCGUACCAUGGGAGACAUCCGGUCGAAAUGGUAUAGGGUCAAAUUCGGAUUGGAGAACUUCUCGGAACAAUUGUCGGGUGACGUGAGCGAAGGUGCGGUGAAGGGAGGCGGGAGAGCUUUGGUUAUGGAGGAAAUGAAUGGUUCAGGUUCUGGCAUUUGGUAACCUGAAUUUGAUCCUAAGGGAAAACAAGAAGAGAACCCUUAGGAUCAAACUCAGGUUACCAAAUACCAGAACCAUACAGGAAAUGGGUUAACAAGUACAAGUAGAAGGAGAAGGACAUGACUGCAGUAGUUCGCCUUAAAGUUGUCACAACGUCGAGGAAGAAAGGAAAAGCUUUCAUACGUUGAGCUUGUUGUAGUUCUUUGUGUAGUUUGUCGGAUAGUACUAGACAAAGUUUAUUAUAACGUAGUUCCAUGUUGAACUUGAAGAACAUGAACAUGAUUCCUCUAAUCUCCACAACCUCUACGAAGAAGAGCGGGUUGAAGCUGCACGUGUCCACGUGCAAAAAGGGUACAGGAAUUUCGAGGAGAAAAAAAUAGAGGUAGCCAAAAUGCGCAGUUCAUCUCCAUGUCCAUCAAAGAUCAUCAGAACAAGUAGUACAAUCAGUGGCAAAACGACAUCUCUAGUGUUGCCUGCGCCGUCACCUGGUAGCUCUUCCUUGGCUAUUGAGUCGGGUACAUCAUCUUCUACUGGUGGGGGAGGUGGUGCCGCUGUCGAUUCGGAAGUGCCUGAGAAGCAACAUCAAGACAAAAAAGUAGACUCAGAAGACAGCACAAAAACAAAAUCUACAACAGCAACCAAGAAGCAGGGAUUGUUUAGUAGUUUCACUUCACAACUAUCGUCUGCUGUCAGGGCAGUGAUUCCAGGAGGUAGUAGUUCAGCAAAGGUAUCUAACAAGGAUGAAGUUUCUGAAAAUAGUGCAACCAUUGCUGAAGCUGAGGGUCCUGGCUCUAGCACCUCAAACGCAGCAACAGAACUGGAGAAGCUUCUCAGUGCACCCAUGGGAGAUGACGACGAUGACGACAUUCUUGGUCUGGGAGCGGCAAUGGCAGGACUAGGCGUUGGGAUGGAUGAGGAAGACGACGACGAGGAUCUUUUUGGUGCAGAGAACGGGGAUACAACGAAGAACAAGGUGUUGGAGAAUGGAAAUGGUGCAAGUGGAACUUCUUCAGCUUCAGCAGCAAAAGAACAUUCUGAGCGUAUCUUCGACAUAGCAAACGCUUACCUCGAAGGCCUGCAGUGGGUCGUCUACUACUACUUCCGAGGCGCCGACCGUUGUGGCUGGACGUGGUUCUACAAGGAGUUUCACGCACCACUCGUCGUGGAUAUGUACAGAUUUUUGGUGGCGAAGGUAGUGGAGAACGACAAGGCGGCGAUUUGUUGGCCUUUGAGGACGAUAAAGAAUCUCAAAAGCAGUGGAACGAGCGGACAGGUAGAGGCUUCUUCGACCUCAAAGUUGUUAGCGUUAGAAGAUGAGAGUGGGAGUGCUAGCGCAACAGGAUUAGAAGCAGCUGGUACACAAGCGACAUCUUCUUCUACUACAACAACAAUUGUGGCACCGACAACGUCCACGACUCUUUCCAAAAAGAACAGCACGAAUACAAUGUCAGAGGUAGAAGUAGACAGACGUCGCGAACUCGAAAUCAUUGAUCUGCCUGCUCUGAAGCAAAUGGAAUAUUUCAGUCUACAGGAAAAAGGAAUUUCUGGCCCAGUUUCGCCUUUGACCCAGUUGAUGUCCGUCCUACCUGCCGCAUCCGCCAAUCUGGUCCCAGAACCUCUGCGCGAACUCUUCGUAGAAGGCAGCCCGAUCGCGCAUUUCUACCCCUCAGAUUUCCCGGUCGACACAGACGGCGUCAAGGUGCCUUGGGGUGGCGUGACCUUAAUCCCGUUUAUCGAUCCCGCUUUGCUGGAGUCUACUCUAGCAGACUACUUCGCGAACAAACUCUCGCCAGAAGAUCGUGCUAGGGACGAACGAAAAGGUCAAUUGUUCUGUUAUCGCGCCAAAGUCCACGACGCACGAUUGAAGUUGCAGGAUGGUUUGGCAAGUUUGAUGAUGGAGGUACAGAAUGCGAACAAUGCAGGAAUGCAGAAUGGAGAGACGACGCAGAAGGAGCCACUCAGUGCUGAAAGUCUAGAAACAUUGAUAUCUGAAGUUUCUACGGCUUCAAACAGUGCUCCAUCUUCCGAAGAGGAUACUAGCAAGAGAGCUAACCUAGGAACGUUGGUGUGUCUUCCUGCGACAGUGCCGCCACAAGCUUUCAUCGGUGUGCGAAAGGCUGCCAUAAACCUCGCAGUGGGCCUGGCCAACACCCUUCCUAGCGAAAAAGAGAAGCAGGAUCUCAAGGCUUUAGUAGUGGCAGAAAAGCAAAGGCCUGAUUUUUUAGAACUGGCGAAGAAGAUAUCGGCGAAGCUUAGGAAAGAGAAGGAAGAGGCUAGGAAAAAGUCGCCAGUAAAGGCAAAAAAGGUAAAGGCCCCCAUCAAAGUAGAACCCGGUGGAUCUCCAUCUCAUCAACAGCAAGAGAUAAAACAAGAAGAUGAAGGCCCACCGCUUCCUCCGUUGCUACCACUCCGUGACGACAUCAUAGUAAAUCGCUUGAAAGAACUGCUAGCGGAACUACUAGACGAAUCUUCAAGUUCAACUGCAGCGACCACAAAGAAUUUCGACAGCAUGUCGAAAACCUGCUGUCCUGUGCGCUUAGUCGAGAAAACAACCGAAACUGUAGUCAGAUCCUUGCUCCCUUCUCAUUUCGCGGACUUUCGACUGAGGGAAUGCGUCAAAUACGUCUGCGAGCAUCCGAAAAUACCGGAAAGCAUGGCCCAUUUUCCGAACUACCCACUUCUGGGAUGCAAUGGGAGUGGCGGUAGUAGAGAUUCCUCGACGUCUAGUGGUGAGCUUCCGUCUAGUGGUGAGCCUCAAGUUGAGGGUACUACAACUACUGCUGGUAAACAAGAUCAAGAACUACAGUUGCCUUGCGCACUCGUCGACCCUACUUGGCCAUCCCUACACCGUCUCCCCAUCUUAAUUGCCAAACUCGAGUCCGGGAUUCAGGUCUUCGACCGCGCAGCCUUUGAGAAGGGCAUUUGCUUGGAGAUUCCACGAACUAGUCGGUUCUAUGCUAGAAAUGGGAUGGUCACCAAUGGUAAUGACUCUGCUUCUCCCAAGAUCAAUUGUGAUGACUCUGCUCUGGUCCAUUUUGCCAACUCCCUGGUAGGCAAGUACUGCUUCACGGAUUAUCCCUACAUGCGUUUGGGAUAUGUGCGCGAGGUAGUGCGCUAUGUGGAACCAGAACCGCUACCACAGGAGUCAUUACCGUCAACGGAAACUGUAUCUGUAGGAGGUGCAGCUUCAAAAGAGGCAACUGUAAGUCCGGGUGCGGGGGCUGCGCCAGACGGAGCUGCAGCAAAUGGAACUACAUCAAUGUCUGCUACGGACGGAUCUCAACAGCAGCGUCAACAGGGCAAGAGCAAGAAGAAAAGCAAGCAAAGCAAUGUUCCAGACACCCCAGAGAACGAGCAAUUAAAGCGUGAAGUCGCUUAUCUCACUCGCUACCUGAACAACCAUGGCAUAGUGAUCCCACCAGAUCGCGCCUGGUGGAAACAGGCGGUUCUAGUGAGCAUCUUGAACGUACGACCGGAUGGAAGUUUGGAACCAAUCCCGACAGAACGGCGGGUGAGGUUUGCACAUUUGGUGCGGGAAGCACCGCUUGAGGUAUUGCGGAAAGCAGGCGUUCUCGAUGCUGCGGCUAAUAUAGAGAAAACUUCAUCUAGCAGCGCCAGUACCAGUGAAAAAACAUCUCCUGCUGGUAAAUCCCCUCUAGUGCGAAAAAUUGAAUCAAAAGAGACACUAAAAAAACAAUACUCAGGAACCCCGUUUGGGUUAAAAGGUUUGUGCCUUUUGGAGGAACUUUUUAGGACCGGCACAUCGGUGGAUACAACCGACAAGCUAGAAAAUUUGGCCGGUCUAAAAUUAUGGCUUCCCCCAAUCCAUCUCCGCCUCCGGAAGGGAGCAUCUAUCAUGUAUCUUGUUUCGUCGGGAAUGAAUGAAUGAAGCUGUCCCAUAAGGAGGAAGAAGCACCAAGAUGCAUAAUUUCUUUCAAGAUGGAUAGGGGUGAGCUCUAAUCAAAUCCCUACUCCUGAAAACCGACCUCCUCUCCGGUGCUGCGUUUUCUUCUACCGUCGGGGCUUUGUGUUACAAGCACUUAGCGCCGUUGGUGCUGAAGGAUAGGGUAGAUUUCUUUCGGCUAGAAGCUCUUGUUGGAAGUACUGUAGCAGCAAACAAAGUACUGCGACAAUUAUUCGCCGGCGCAGUCCAUAGUGCCGCAGAGACUCUUUUUAAUUAAGGCUACUCCCUCACGACACUCACACUAGUAUGUUUGUAAUCUGUAAAUCUGAUGUGAAGCAUCCAUCGAUCCUCAGUGAAGUUCCCAUUGAAUCCUUUCAAAGGGGAAAUAAUUCAAAGGGGAAAUUAAGUGGCAAGAAACCAACCCACUCAACAACCAGGGAAAGAGCGAUAUUCUUUCCUUCUGUUUCCUUGUUAGGAUUAUAAUUUCGAAGAAAUGCAGGGAAGACGAAGUGAAUCGUUUUGGCUUCUAAUUCAACGUGGAGCCGAUGCACUGUGGCUGUUUCUUAUUCAAGCGGACCGGCGCAGUGGGCAACCUCUCAGAGUCUAAGCCAACGCAUAUACAAAUCAACUCGAAAGAAUACCAAAACCUAAUGACUGAGUUAUGGCUACUACUAACGAUACAGUUUUUUUAACAAGUACCCAACAAGCGAGUGAGCGGAACGUCGAACGUUCGUUGUUCUUACCCCUCUCGACCUCGACUUCCUUCGAGGACCUAAACGAGCAUAGUGAUCAGGUUUGUUUUAGAUGAAGUUAGGAGCACUUCUUCACAUACUAACAAGUAGUAGAUUGUCAUUGAUGUUCAUGUUCGCCUUGAUGAUGUCAUCUGACAUAAACAAGUAACCGCGCUAGGUAGACGAGCUAGAGUUCUAGUUGAGAUCUUCAUGAUCAGAAAUGUCUAGGGACGUUGAUGAAUUGAGUCUAAUAUUUAGAGUAAGGUAAAUAACGGGUUGCUCGGGUUGCCGAAGCGCAGGGGUCCCAAAUCUGGAACGGGUUGCCACGGGUUGCCAGGAGAAUCCUGACCCAGCAAAAUGGGGCGCAGCCGGGCUAGCAGAUCAAUACUUAUAUUAUCAUGUAAGUAUUUACGUAGAUGUACUUACAUGUUCAGCAGCUACAGCAGCAGCAGGACCUCCACAUCUUCCUGUUCCACAUUUUCUAAUGUGAAGAGACAACGCCGCGAUAUUCCAGUCCAAGGUGAAAAAGCACACUAUGAUGUACUCACGAAAUCACACCAAUGAGUUGACGCUAGCCCCUCCACCAACCGAACCUAACGCAGCUCCACCUCCGCUGCCAACUAGAACUGAACCUAAAACCAGUUAAGGCUCAAUAAACUCAAUAAGUAAUUGUUUUUUCCUCUGGUCUGUCUUUUUUCUAGUUAGGUCGGCUCCACCACAAAUAUAAGUAAUUGCUCAUCAGUUUCUUUCUUUUAAGUAAAAUAGUUUCUUGAAUUCUAAGGCCAAUGAGAUUGUUCAUUACAACCAAGGGGGGCCAUUUCUCUUUCUUGUAAGUCCCUCUUCUUGGGACAUUUCUCUUUGUUAUUCCCUGCUCUUCUUGGGAUAUAUUAAGAAAGUAAGUGUCAUUUCUCUUUGUUAUUCCCUGCUCUUCUUGGGAUAUAUUAAGAAAUCAUGAGUUGUAUCUAAACGAAUGAUAUUAAUGAGUUAGAAUUAUUUUGAGCUCUAUCUCGAAAAUUCUUGCGGUAGCGCAGAAGAAGCAGACGGUGAAGGAGCUGAGCAAUCCUCUUCAUCUUCGCAAGCUGAGCAAUCCUCUUCAGGACAAAAAAUUGACUCAAAGAGUAGCAAAGCUGACUCAAAGAGUAGCAGAAUAUGGAUGAUGUUUUUUCCAUCUUUCAGACUAUCUUCGAGGCCCCCAUAAGGCUACAACUUAUCCGUUUUCAUAAGGGGGAUGAAAGGGUAGUUGCCUCGAUGGUCUGGCUCGAUGGAAUAGACGCCAUUCAUACAAAAGCAGUAAGCAAGAGAGAGCAGCGAGCAAAAGGAAAGAAGCUUGGAAGGACAUGUCCUGGGUGCAGCGUUUGUGGCAGAACCCGAAUUGGCAGGAAAAGCAAUACUACUCGCCGCAACUUACGUGGUUUUCUCUGGUCGAAAUCUGUGGUUUUUUCCCGAGGGAAAUCAAAAUACCUGCCUUUAUUCAGCUUCUAGGCAGUUUCUGGAUCAAGACCUACGACGACGCAGUCGAAGACAUCGGGUUGAACCUGACGUAUUCCCAGAAUCAACGGUUUGGGCCGAAUUCUGUUAAGGCUAGUAAUUACACAUUCAGGAGACUCACAUUAAUUAUCACUUAACAGCGAUCCAGUGCGCCCAGCGUGCCCAGCCCACCCAUGUUGGGAAACCGUAUAAGCUGUUCUAAUAAUAUAAUUCAUUGUAUUUUAUUAAUUCAUCCUUCGUUCAAGUUCAAAGCAUCCACCUGAAAUAAAGUACUAUCUAGACUCCCCGGGCCGGGGUGCCCCAGAAGACGUCGAAGAAGGGGAAAGAAUUUUCGACCAAGGCUGGGGUUGGCGUGAAAGAAUUUGCGACAAGGUGAGACAAGCGCCCGAUGGGCGCGCACUCCCCUCCGCCCAGCGGUAGUCCGGCGGAAGUGAGAGGCCCCAAAUAGUAUAGCGAAGAAAAUGGGGCCCCAUUCCCACGGACCAUUCAAAGCACCCACCUGAAAAGUACCAUCUAGAUCUACCUCCCUGAUCUUCUUCAAUGAUGCAGCUUGUGAGGAGAAGAUGACUGAUGCUUAUGUCUAACUCUAGCAUGCUCUACUACGCCAUUCCUAGUUAUUCGCGGUGUAAGGGUCCGGAAUUCGCCAAGAAGCAGGACUAUCAGUACUCCGGAGAGGUUGUGGUGCUGAUCGCAGAAUACUUUGACAAGUUCUUAAGGUUUAUCGUACUUAGUUCAUGAUCUUCAUCUUGAGAAGCAUCUUUGGCGGGUAUUUUUUCGGGGAAAAAUUAUAGUGAGAGAUGCACUUCAACUAAGGUCUAAAAUUCCCGGAAUUGUACACGUACUUGAAGGCAUGGGGUAACGAUGAGAACGAUGCCUACUCGGGAGCUUCGUCUUCGUACCCGGUUCAUGUACGGAAGAUCUUUCAGGAAGUCUCGGAGCCAGAUGAGAAGAAUCCAGUUAAGAGGAAAAGCUGGGUUUUGUUUUUUUCAAACUAAUCAGUACGUACAGAGCACGACUACAUACUCAGACAGUAAUAUACUCAGACAGUAUAGUAGUAAGUAGUACUCAGACAGUAUAGUAAUAGUAGUAAGUAGUACUCAGACAGUAUAGUAGUAAGUAGUACAACUAAGGUAGUGUAUAUGGUGUAUUACUGAAGAACUCAGAAGUAGUGCUAAGAGGACACAUGGAGUCUCCAAGUCCACUCACUCUACUUAAAAAUCUUCUUCUUCUCUACUUCAUCUCACUCUAACUCCCGCAAAUUCAAGACCAUCGCGCGUACGAAAGAGCAAACUUCGUAUCGCGUGGAUCAAUUGCUCAAGUUCGUUACCAGCUGGCCUCAUGCCAAAUUGCCCUUUACCAGUUUGCGACACGAAUGUCUCCCGAGAACGAUCAUACGUUCAUUGGAGAAGGAAUGUGACUUGUUGGCGCCAAAAAGAGUUAAAGAAGCGAAGUUCGGUUCGACUCCAUCGCCAACAAAAGGGGCGAACAGUGUGACGAAAAAGUACUUUUUUACAAUGGCCGCGUUUUUGCUCAUGAGAGAAUUGAACUUCGAUUGUUUCACAACCAAGAUGCCGAUGCGACCACCUAGCCUCUCACAGGUUUAACACCGCCAACUUCUUGCUCCGUCUCAUCAAUACUACCACCCUCGUUAUUCUCAGUUCCACCCUUUUUAUUCUCAGGUGGCUGCGAACUACCACGAUUAAUGCCAUGAAGGCAAAGGCGGCUGCUGCUGAGUCGCCCUUGCCCUUCUUAUCUCCUGAUGAAGAGAGCCCUGUUCGCGCUCGCCCUGCUCCGCCAAUAGAUGCGUUAAGGCUACUGUUCAUCUAUUUCCAGCACCUUUUGACUUGAUCUUAGUGAUGAACAUAUUCUCAGUCAGAUAGAUGAUGACGAUGAGCAGGACUCACUUACCGUUAUUUCCCAACUGAACUCAAUCUCAAUCACAUCGAUCUAGGUCGUAGGUGAUGAAAGACUUCUUCCUACACCUCUAACCAAAAACCUUGGUCCCUACACCCUCGAGCCCUUCAAGUCUUCCGAUUUCAUUGGUGUCAUGUGUGACACGCCAAAAGCUGCAGGGGAGUUUUUCCUAGGCCAAUCCGUUGUGUACGCGAAGAUUGGCGGACUCUUGCGUCUCGGAACACACGCGAUCGUCACUGGGGUCUUCUAUGAACCGAGUGAGGAAGUGACGACAGCGAGUACGACGACGAUGGGUUCUGCUUCAGUAGCUGCCUCACCAGAAGAUAGUACAGACGGCGCAAUCACCAACACGACCGCAAAAAGUUCUUGUACUUGGGUAGUGUCAAAAGUGGAGAUCUUACUGCGGGAAUCUAGUAUAGGCGCAACGGACUUGCGUGGAAGAUGCUCGCCCAUGCGUGGGCUGCUAGUGACGCCAAUUGAGAUCAUGGACGUUCAUGCGAAAAAGUGGUCGACUCCCCAACUUUUCAUAUCUGGCCCAACACAAGAGAUGCUCGACAACUACUACAACUACAGCGCUCCAGCUGCUUCAUCCACCGCAGGUGGAAAAGGACAAGACGAUAUGAGCAAACGGAAGAAGAACAGCAAGGCUUCGAACAGCAAGGCUUCUUCUACAAUUAAGGCCUCCUCCUACUAGACUAGUUCAUCUUCUCUAUGUAAUAGUGAUCCCUCAAGCUCAACAGAAGCCGUACAAGAACAGGGAAGAUAGUGAUACUUAGUGGGGCAUGUAGUUCUUGCGGGAUGGGGAUCCCGCCCACAGGGAUGAAAAGGGGGAAGCUCUAAUACAAGUACUGACGCAGGGUCUGCUACUGCCGCGGCCGCGUCGUCCUCGUCAACAUCGGGGAAGCAAGGAAAGUCUAAAGGCAAGAACAGUAAAGAAGGCGCAAGGGGUGGAGGCGCUAAACAGGCACUAGAGGAUUCACCAGAAGCCGCGAGUUCCCCAGAUGGACCCCCAAAGAGCAUCAGUCCUAACGCUGUGGUAAGGACUAUUGCUAAGGCUUGAGGAAAUCCAUCGUCACCGUCACAGGCAUCUUCUUGGUCCCGUUUGUCAAGGGAAAGGGGGGCGAGAGAUGCUCCUGUUGACGAUGGAUUUCUGCAAGUUCGAAGAUUGGCAAUCGCGGCGGCAAACAAAAGGGAGGGAAAGGCAAAGAAGGCAAAGGUGGAAAAAACAGCUUUUCGCCAAUCGAUAACAAUGAUGACAACUACUAUGCUCGGGCUGCAAUAGGAACAGACAUGAACUCGUCGAACAAGAACAAGGGUAAGCAGAAGCAAGGAAGCAAUAUCGCUGGAAGUAAUUCUAGUCAAAUAAGUAGUCAACAAGGUCAUCGUAAAGGUAAAGCUAAAGGUGGAGGUGCUAUGAGUUACUACAACGACGCUGCUGUUUCCUUGAGUAAACUGACCGAGAGUUCGUCAUCUCAGCAUUCUGGCAAAGGACAGCCUACUCAUUCAUCUUCACCAGACAUUCACUAUCAGGACUACGUCAAGAACUAUGGGAACAAGGGAGGCAAGGUGUAUCUCACCAACCCUGAAGGCGAGGCAGCUUUCCAACAAGCCAGAAAUGCCAGCUACUCUUCUACAUCAUCCAAAGGCAGUAAAAGUACAAGUAGUGCAAGCGCUGUACUACAACCACCUGUAACUCUACUAGCUGCUCCUGGCCGAGAACAAGAUCCUUAUGCAGCUGCCUAUGCAUAUGCGCUUGGGGAGGAUGCACACCUUCUUGCCGAUCCUGCCUACGCUGCCGCGCUCGGAGUAGAUCCAGCACUGCUUGCAGGUACUUCUGCCGCUCGUACCAUUCCAGUAUUGACCAAAGCUACUGGGGGUAAAGCUCGUGGCGGUAAAGCUAAAGCUGGUAGUAAAGGUAAACACGCUGUUGCAACUACAGCAACAACUGCUGUCAAAGGGGGUGCUCCCAAAGGAGGUGCUGCCAAAGCCAAAGGUGGUAAAGAAGUACGUGUGAGCUCGCAUUUGGACCCCGCUGCUCUAGGGCUCGACCCUGCACUGGCGCUAGAUCCUGCACUUGCGCUCGACCUGGCAUAUCCCAGUGCUUAAGGCUCACCUACAUCUUAUACUUCGGUUACUGUAAAGCCAUUUGAAAUUGAAUGAAGAUGGGACGAAAGAAUAUUGGAUGAAGCUACAAGGAUCAAUGCAGGGAUGCCUGCUAGCAAUGAGCGGCAGCACCUCCUUCUACAUGAAGAAAUAGAAAGGAAUGUUGAUUUUUUUCUCGAUGUAAUACAGUGAGUCUUCCUCAUGGUCUAUCUCUAUUUCUAAGACGAUGCUCACGAGGCAUCAUCUCCUGUUUAUUACACUACUGCGCCUUCUGCAGCUAGUGCUUACCACGAUCCUGCAGCUUUGCUUGGCUUACCUGCUACUGCUGGUGCAACCCAUGCUGCACUUCCUCUUGGAGGUGCAGCAGCAGCCGCACUUGCAAGAACUUCACCUCAGUACUUGAUGGCAAAUCCUGCUUACUACUCAGCUGCUGAACGUGCAGCGGCUGCGACACAAAUGCAAAUUGCUGCUGCUGCGCAUGGAAUGAGAGUGUUAAGACAAUAAAGGAUACUUUUAAAUACGAUUGAAUGAGAGGAAUGAAUAAAUGUUUCUAGUACUUCUAAGUACUCUUCCCACGACUCUUAUUGGUUCAGAGUGCGAGCGGGUAGAGUUCUUCCUUGUAUUUCAUCUCCUACUCCUUAACCCUAUUCACAUUAGUUCUUGUUGUCAAGAUCUUCGUCUAACAUUACCAGCCGGCGCUGCGGUUCCGCCAGCGCCACCACCGCCUGGCUACGUUUUGGCACCAGCCCCACCAGCAGCUGCAGCGCAGCGACCACCAACCGUAGCGGCUCCGCGGCUAGCAGCUCCGCAGCUAGUGCCUGCACGUACUCCUGAAGGUGUCCUCUAUUAUCGUCCCGCUCCGCGUGCGAGGGCCGCUCCUCCUAGCGUACCAGCUCCUCCGAGUCUACAACAUGGUCUACAACCUCGUUCGACCGCCCCCACUGUGCCCGCUCCCCGCGGCCCAGCAAGAGCGACUCCCCCUAGUGUACCGGCUCCGCCUGGACCGAGCAGAGCGAUGCCUCCUAGUGUGCCUGCUCCGCUCUUGUUCCCGUCGCCAGGAUCAAGUGAAGAUCUGUACUAUGAAUAGAAGAGUGGUUGGAUGACUGAGAUGAAUGCGAUAGCCGCGCACUUGAUUUUCGUAUAUUUUUUUGGCUGAUUCAUUAUUAUGUGACGAUGAAAAAUAGAGAUAUCAUGACUUGAAGGUGAGGGUAGUGCUACUGUCAGAAAACGCAUCUACUGCUGACCCCUGGUCAUGCAUUUCCAAUUGUGUAAAUCAAUCUCAAAAAACAACGAAAGACGCAUUGAUGUCUCAAGUUUAUGUUCGCUUAUAUUUCAAUCUUCCGAUCCGUGCACAAGCUGCUAGCUCGUAGCAAGCGCGGUCGUCAUGUAUUAUUUCUCCAUGUUAUUUUAUUAGAUUUUGUAAACUGAAUUGACUUGUUGUUGUUCUACCUGAUGAGGUACCGUAAACACUAGCACCACCAACAAUAGCAUGACAGUUACAACUUCAUUGAUUUUAUUAUUUUUUCAGAAAAGAUCGCAUCAAAGAUGAAGGUAUGAAGCUAAAGCUAAUGGGAUAUCUAAUUUCGAGAAGAUAAUGCUGCGGAUAUUGACUUGUAUUGACUUCUGAGAAGCAGAAAGGAUCACGUCCUGAGCUGUAGAUCCGUUUGCGUUUGACGGGGGAUGCAGCUGCGGAAAAGGAAUCGAUGUCAAAGUG